GGAAAGAAGUCCCGUCACGGGAAGAACCGGGCCUUCAGUUGUGCGCAGGCGCCCUCCGCCGCUCGGUGACAGGCAUGUGCGCAGGCCCGUUGCCUCCCUUCUGUCCUCUGGUAGUGCGAAGACAAACGACCCGCACCUGACAAUUUCUGCUUCCGGGUCACCCCUUGGUAGCGGCUUUCUGUGCCUACUUCGGCUUGGUGGUUCGUUUGGAGCAUGUGAACAUAUCCUGAGCCCUUGAUGAGUUCCAGUAUGUGGUAUAUUAUGCAGAGUAUUCAGAGCAAAUACUCACUCUCAGAGCGCUUAAUUCGAACAAUUGCUGCCAUACGUUCCUUUCCCCAUGAUAACGUAGAGGACCUGAUCAGAGGGGGAGCUGAUGUGAAUUGUACCCAUGGCACACUGAAGCCACUGCAUUGUGCCUGCAUGGUAUCAGAUGCUGAUUGUGUGGAGUUACUCUUGGAAAAAGGAGCUGAGGUCAAUGCUCUAGAUGGCUAUAAUAGGACGGCUCUCCAUUACGCAGCUGAAAAAGAUGAAGCUUGUGUGGAAGUGCUAUUGGAAUAUGGUGCAAACCCCAAUGCACUAGAUGGCAACAGAGACACUCCACUUCACUGGGCAGCCUUUAAGAAUAAUGCUGAGUGUGUAAGAGCCCUCCUAGAGAGUGGUGCCUCUGUCAAUGCCUUGGAUUACAACAAUGACACACCACUUAGCUGGGCAGCCAUGAAGGGAAAUCUUGAGAGUGUUAGCAUACUCCUUGACUAUGGUGCAGAGGUCAGGGUCACCAACUUAAAGGGCCAGACACCUAUCUCCCGGUUGGUGGCUCUGUUGGUUAGGGGACUUGGAACAGAAAAAGAGGAUUCUUGCUUUGAGCUCCUCCACAGAGCUGUUGGACACUUUGAAUUACGAAAAAAUGGCACUAUGCCUGGUGAAGUAGCCAGAGACCAGCAACUUUGUGAAAAACUGACUAUGCUGUGCUCUGCCCCAGGAACCCUAAAAACAUUGUCUCGAUAUGCUGUUCGACAUAGCCUGGGACUUCAGUAUCUGCCAGAUGCAGUAAAGGGCCUGCCAUUGCCAGCAUCUUUGAAGGAAUACCUGUUACUUAUAGAAUAAUGGAGAAAGAGCUUGGGCCAUCACACAGCAACUCUACAUGAGGUUUGCCCUGCAGACCUAGCUCUCCUGUUCUGUCAUGGAGAAAUGGGAUGCAGAUGCUCAUGUUUGGUGCAUAGAUUUGAAGCAAAUAUCACAGCAAUAACACUCUUGCCACCUCCCCUCUAAGCCAAACAAAAAAAAAAUCCCGUGCUUUUUUGUUUGCAGAAAGUGUGUGUAUUGCUUACUCAGCUUUUGAUAUUGCACCUUCCCAAAAGGAAAGGUCUCCCAUGUUCUCUCUCGUUUAGGAGACAAAUAGCUGGAGCCAGCCACACAAUUGAAUUUCUUUAGGAAAAUUAAAUGUAUUUGAAUAGUGUGUGUGAUCUCCCUGCAGAGACAUUUGGUUACUAAUCCUUGAGGAGCUUUUUAAUUGGUCAUUGGAGAUAUUGGGGGGAGGCGGGGGGGGGGGGGGGGGGCGGGAACAGACCAGAUAACCCUGUUUGCAGUCUAAGAAAGAAAGAAAAUAUAACAGCUUCAAUAAUGCAUUUAAUAAUGACUUAACUGAAUGACAUACUAGCAUUGCCAUGUAAUUUGAAGGAACUUGGGAAACAAAAGAAACUGCCCUUAUUUUUCCCUGUGUGUAUCUGAAUGGUACAACAGAUUCAAUGCGGCUACUCUCCAGUGUACAGAAAAUAGUUCUCUCUGCAGUCCUAAGAAUGCUAGUUUUUCACAUGUUCUUUUCAGAUUUUCCCCAGUUAGGUGUUCCCGGAGUGCCAAAAAGCCAUUAUCCCUAUCCAUUAGACCUUUUAGUGUUUAAUUCUAGAAGGGAAGAGUAUAAGCUAGGCUGCUUUUCUCCAAGGUCAAGUUCAUAGUCUCUGUAUAGAAUACUAUACUAAAUGUUUGGAAUUACUUUCCUUUCUACUAUUAUUUAAGUUGUGCUUUGUAUUAAUUGAUAAUUUAGUCAUUUUAGGAUGUGUGUAUGGAAUGUGUUAGUAGCGGGGAGAUACUGUAUAGAGAACUAACUGCCUAGAAAAGUGUGGUUUGGGUCAAUAGGACUUUUCAUUUCCAUUUUCCUAAAUUUUGAAUCAAGUUGUCAUUGACCCUUCUGAGAAGCUGUAAUCUGAGAAAUACUUGACUAAAACAAAAAACUUUUGUGGAGGGGAGUGGGGAAGAAAAAGGGUAGGACAAAGCCAUAUGCAAAAUGGAAAUGGAAUCUGUUGAAGCAACUUGAAAAUAAGUGAAGAGAAAGGCAGUGUGGUAUAUUGAAUAAAUAGCAGACUUUGAAUUCAGGAAGAUCUGGGUUCAAAUCCUUCCAUACAUCCUGACUUUGUAACUUUGGGAAAAUCACAUAGUAACUCACUUAGCUAAAGGGUCUAUAAAAAUAUUGAACAGUUGCCACUUGGUAUUGAUCAGUAGUUUCCUCAUCAGGAGAUACCAGAAAUCACAGAUCUGGUCCAAAAAAAAAAAAGUGAAUCUGAUUUUUUUUCCUUUUGCUAUUUGUGUAUUAUUAUUGAAGUGAUUAUGGGAAAAGUAGUAGUUCCAAAGGGAAGUUUCCAAAUAUUUUGUUCCAGUUAUUUUCUGGGAUUACUGGGAUUAUUCUGGGAUUUGUGUUCCUUUUUUUUCCCUUAUAGGUAUAACUAACUACAAGAUAUGCCCCUAUCUCCUCUCAUACAUUUUGGUGAUCCCUAAUAUAAAUCUCUCUUCUCCUAUUUCAUAUGUCAGUAAGCUUGAUCCUAAUUAAUAAAAUCAUUUUCAAAGGGGUUGGAAAGAUGGGAAUCAUCCAUAUAGGAAAAGGGAUAGCCUUUAUUUCAUAGAAGAUAUAAUAAGCCCAUAGAGACAAUUGGCUGAGAAAUUCCUACUCCUCUUUAAUUUAUAAUUAGUUCCAUCCAUGUUGGCUCUGAGAAAAUAGUUUUUCCUCCAUUAAAAAUUUAAAAAAAAUAAUGCCUGACUAAAUUUUUAGCAUCAAAACAUGAUAGGAAAUUCCCCUGCUUUCUCUGAUCCCUUCAGUCCUGCCUUUCUGUUUUACUUUGUUGCAGUUUUAUUCAAUAGACAUAAAGUAUUAGGCGUUAUACCCAUUGAUGGGGAUACAAAAACAUGAAUGAAAAAUUACCUGCCUUCAAGGUCACAAACUCAGAUUGUUACAGUAUUAUGUUUUUGUUAGGCUUUAUAAAAAUUUAUCAUUUUAUUUCUUUGUUUAAAGAUUCAAUUUCAUACAUUUUCAUUUAUUGUUAGUUCCAGAGGAUUAAAAAAGCAGUUUGCAGUAGGAAGUAUCUAUUUGCUCUUUAAAUCUGCUUUUCUCCCAGAAGCCUAUACCUUCCAAUGUACUUAGAAUAUUGUAUUUAGAGGACCCAAAUUCAAGUCAUAGUUCUGCUACAGGUGUAACUUUGGGCAAUUGCUAUCACUUGGUUGCUGUUGUCUCCAAAAUUGGAGUUGGGGAGGAGGGCCGUGUGGACUAAAUUGCCUGAAUUCAACUUCUUUACAUUUCUGAGUUUGGACAAGUACUCUGAAUGUAGUUAUAAAAUUAUUUUUCUUUCCCUUGAGAUCUUGUAGAUCUCAACUAGUAAAAUUAUCUCAUCGAGUAAAAUUGAUUAUCAUUG